AUGUCAAAAGUUACCGCCGCCGUCAAGGCAACCUUGGUCGGAACCCAGGAGGAGGAGCUUGCAGUGUCGCACCAGAUCAAGACCAACUUCAUACAACAUGCGCGCAAGGAUGAGAGCUCCGGAGAGCUCUACAUGACUGAGGUCGAGUUCGUUGAUGCUAUUGCGCCCAAACAUCAGGACUAUCACAAAAUUCGACGUGAUCAAUAUGGAAUCCUUUUCCACGUCGCAGAUCGAAGGAGAACGGGACGAAUCAAUUUGACCGACUGGGCCGCAUUCGAGAACCUUUUGGCAAAGCCCGACGCCGAAUACGAAAUCGCAUUCCGUUUGUUCGAUGUAGAUGGAACCGGCGCGAUCAAGUUUGAGACGUUCAAAAAGCUGUACGACCAGAACAAGGGAUUAGAAGCUAUCCCAUUCGAUUGGAACUCUGAUUGGGCCUCGUUGUAUAUUGGAAAGAAGAAAACCCGCCACGACAUGACCUAUCCUCAAUUCGCCCAGAUGCUUCGUGGACUUCAGGGAGAACGUAUUCGCCAGGCGUUCCAUCUGUUCGACAAGGAUGGUGAUGGAUAUAUUGCACCCGAAGACUUUCAGCGCAUUAUUCUUGAGACCUCGAAACACAAACUCUCCGACUACCUGCUAGAACACCUCCCUACCUUGUGCAACAUCUCGUCGGGUAGCAAAAUUUCCUACGCCAACGUUCGUGCUUUCCAGAAUAUCAUCAGGGAGAUGGAUAUAAUCGAUGUUAUUCUCCGGGAGGCGACCAAAAAGAGCUCGGAUGGAAAGAUCACCCGUACCGAAUUUCUCAAUGAGGCUGCUCGCAUCACACGUUUCUCGCAAUUCACACCUAUGGAGGCAGACAUUUUGUUUCACUUUGCAGGCUUGGAAGCUCCCAGCGGCAGACUGUCUCUGAAAGAUUUUGCAAAGGUCAUUGAUGCUUCAUGGCAAACGGCCGAUCAUGGCCUAGACGCCCUUUCUGGGGGAAUUGCGAAGGUGGAAGAAAGCGCCAAGUCCUUCAUGCAGAGUCUUCUCGAGUCCGCCCAUCACUUUGGUCUUGGAAGUAUUGCAGGUGCAUUUGGUGCGUUCAUGGUCUACCCCAUUGACUUGGUCAAGACCCGUAUGCAAAAUCAACGUAGUGCUCGACCGGGAGAGAAAUUGUACAACAACUCCAUUGAUUGCGCCAGAAAGGUCAUUCGAAACGAAGGUAUUGCUGGUUUAUAUUCCGGUGUUAUUCCGCAACUGAUUGGUGUUGCCCCUGAGAAGGCCAUCAAAUUGACGGUCAAUGACUUGGUUCGUGGUUAUGCUACCGAUAAGGAAACUGGCAAGAUUAAAUUACCUUGGGAGAUCUUGGCUGGUGCCUCUGCUGGUGCUUGUCAAGUCGUGUUCACCAACCCAUUGGAAAUCGUCAAGAUUCGUCUCCAGGUGCAAGGCGAGCUUGCAAAGAACGUAGAAGGAGCUCCUAAACGUUCUGCGAUGUGGAUAGUCCGAAAUUUGGGUCUUAUUGGAUUAUACAAGGGUGCUAGUGCCUGUCUUCUACGUGACGUCCCGUUUUCUGCUAUUUACUUCCCCACCUAUGCGCAUUUGAAAUCAGACUUCUUUGGAGAGUCCCCCACACAUAAGCUCGGUGUUUUGCAACUGCUCACGGCCGGUGCUAUCGCUGGUAUGCCUGCGGCGUACCUUACCACGCCAUGUGAUGUGAUCAAGACUCGUCUGCAGGUAGAAGCACGCAAGGGAGAAACCAAGUAUACCUCGUUGCGUCACUGCGCUUCUACCAUCAUGAAGGAGGAAGGAUUCAAGGCUUUCUUCAAGGGCGGCCCAGCUCGUAUUCUCCGAUCUUCUCCUCAGUUUGGUUUCACUCUAGCGGCCUAUGAAGUUUUGCAAAAGGCAUUGCCGUUGCCCGGAUCCGAGGAUCACGGCGUGCCUAUUUCCGCCGCCGACAGCUCCUCAGUGCCAUCAACAACUGCCCCACUUCCAUACCUUCGAUCAAGAAAUGCUUUGAAAUUGAUUCUUGAUCUUGACGAGAAUUUUGGUCGCAUCAAGGUGCCCGAAGGAGCCUCACUUCCCAAGAUCUUUGGUGGAUCUAAGCCAUAG